AUGUACGGCAGUGCCAGAGCAGUAGGCCAUAUAGAGAGCAGCCCCGCACGGUCCCCGCGCCUGCCAAGGUCCCCCAGACUGGGCCACAGGAGGGCCAACAGCGGGGGCGGGGGUGGUGCGGGGGGCAAGACGCUCUCCAUGGAGAACAUCCAGUCCCUCAAUGCUGCCUAUGCCACUUCAGGGCCCAUGUACCUGAGUGACCAUGAGGGUGUGGGUUCCACUGCCACCUACCCCAAAGGCACUAUGACUCUGGGGCGUGCCACCAGCCGGGCCAUGUACGGGGGCCGCGUCACAGCCAUGGGCAGCAGCCCCAACAUUGCUUCAGUGGGGCUGCCCCAUGCUGACCUGCUGUCUUACAGUGACCUGGGCUCCCUCUCCAUGUUGCACCACCACCACCACCACCACCAGGGGGUGCCCUCUGCCCUGCUGAGGCAGGCGGUGCGGGGCAGUGGGGGGGAGCUGCUGGAGAUGCAGGCCCAGCUCAGGGAGAUGCAGAGGGAGAAUGAGCUGCUGCGCAGGGAGCUUGACCUGAAGGACAGUAAACUGGGCUCCUCCACCAACAGCAUCAAGAGCUUCUGGAGUCCCGAGUUGAAGAAGGAGCGGAUCAUGCGGAAAGAAGAGGCGGCACGCACCUCAAUCCUUAAAGAGCAGAUGAGAGUCACUCAUGAGGAGAACCAGCAUCUCCAGCUGACCAUCCAAGCUCUGCAGGAUGAGCUGCGCACACAGAGAGACCUCAACCACCUGCUGCAGCAGGAGAGCGGCAACCGCUCAGGUGCUGAGCACUUCACCACCAUCGAGCUGACUGAGGAGAACUUCCGCCGGCUGCAGGCUGAGCACGACCGGCAGGCCAAGGAACUCUUCUUGCUGAGGAAGACCCUGGAGGAGAUGGAGUUGCGGAUCGAGACUCAGAAACAGACGCUUGGUGCCAGGGAUGAGUCCAUCAAGAAGCUGCUAGAGAUGCUGCAAAGCAAAGGUCUGCCACCAGGGCCGGGCCGGGCCUCUGAGGAGGAGGAGCAGGAGAGGGCCAGGCGUAUCGCUGAGGCAGAGGCCCAGCUUGGACACCUGGAGGUCAUUCUGGACCAAAAGGAGAAGGAGAACAUCCAUCUGCGAGAGGAAUUGCACAGGAGGAAUCAGCUACAUCAGGAUCCAAGCAAAACCAAGGCACUGCAGACCAUCAUAGAGAUGAAGGAUACCAAGAUUGCCUCUCUGGAGCGCAACAUUCGGGAUCUGGAAGACGAGAUCCAGAUGCUAAAAGCGAACGGCUUGUUGAACACUGAGGACCGAGAGGAGGAGAUAAAACAGAUGGAGGUGUACAAGAACCACUCUAAGUUCAUGAAGACCAAGAUUGACCAGCUGAAGCAAGAGCUGUCAAAGAAGGAGUCAGAGCUGCUGGCCCUGCAGACAAAACUGGAGACCCUCAACAACCAGAACUCAGACUGCAAACAGCAUAUAGAGGUGCUCAAAGAGUCUCUCACUGCCAAGGAGCAACGUGCUGCCAUCCUGCAAACAGAGGUGGAUGCUCUGCGUCUGCGACUGGAGGAGAAAGAGUCAUUCCUGAAUAAGAAAACGAAGCAGCUACAGGACCUGACAGAGGAGAAGGGCACUCUAGCUGGAGAAAUCAGGGACAUGAAAGACAUGCUGGAGGUCAAGGAGAGGAAGAUCAACGUCCUGCAGAAGAAGAUUGAGAACCUGCAGGAGCAGCUGCGGGAUAAGGACAAGCAGCUGGGGAACCUGAAGGACAGGGUCAAGUCUCUGCAGACUGACUCGAGUAACACAGACACUGCCCUGGCUACCCUGGAGGAGGCGCUGUCUGAGAAGGAGAGGAUUAUUGAGCGUUUAAAGGACCAAAGGGAGAGGGAAGACAGAGAACGACUAGAAGAAGUGGAGUCCUAUAAGAAAGAGAACAAGGACCUCAAGGAGAAGGUCAACACCCUGCAGAUGGAGUUAACAGAGAAAGAGUCCAGCCUCAUUGAUCUGAAGGAGCACGCCUCAUCGCUGGCUUCCUCGGGCCUCAAGAAGGACUCCAAGCUCAAGUCUCUGGAGAUCGCUAUCGAACAGAAAAAAGAGGAGUGUAGUAAGUUGGAGACGCAGUUGCAGAAGAAAGCUCAUGAGGUGGAGCAGCAGUCAGGCUCCAGGGGCAACCCAGAGUAUGUAGACCGAGUGAAGCUGCUGGAGAAGGAAGUGGCUUACUACAAGGAGGAGUCCGGCAAGGCUCAGACAGAGGUGGAGAGACUUCUGGACAUCCUGAGGGAGGUGGAGACAGAAAAGAACGACAAGGACAAGAAGAUUGCCGAGUUGGAAAGUCUAGCUCCCAGACAAGGAGGCAAAGACCAGGCAAAGAAGGGUUCAAACAUCAAACUGGGACCCCAAGGGGACAAGAAAGGCAUGGGACAGGACCCUCGUAAGGACAGUACCAUGGACAGCAGCCACCAUAUAAAGCUGGAGGAGCUGAUGAACACUCUGGAAAGGACCAGGCAGGAGCUAGAUGCCACCAAGCAGCGGCUCUCCUCCACACAGCAGUCGCUGCAAGAGAGGGACAGCCACCUGACCAACAUGCGACAAGAGCGCAGGAAACAGCUAGAGGAAAUCCUGGAGAUGAAACAACAAGCUCUGCUGGCGGCCAUCAGUGAGAAGGAUGCUAAUAUUGCACUGCUGGAGCUGUCUGCCUCUAAUAAAAAGAAGACCCAGGAGGAGGUGCUGGCCCUGAAAAGAGAGAGGGACAGACUGAUGCACCAGCUCAAACAGCAGACACAGAGUCGAAUGAAGCUGAUAGCUGACAACUAUGAAGACGAACACUAUCAUCCCCAUGGUCCUCACCAUCCCCAGCCUCAGCCCCCACACCCACAGCCUCAGCCGCAACCACAGUACCCUCACCCUGCCCAUGCCCAGCAGCCUCCAUACCCCCACGCCCCACACCCACAGCACACACAGCACGCACAGCAUGCACAGCAUCCACAGCACGCCCAGCCCCCUCCACAGCACCCGCACCCACAGCAGCCCCAACCACAGUAUCCACACCCUCCUCAUCCACAGCACCCUCAGCAGCACCCUCAACCUCCCCCUCAACACCAACAGCACCCACGUCCCCCGCAGCCCCAGCACCCUCACCAACAGCACCCCCAACAUCCGCCCCAGCACCCCCACGCAGGACAUCCCCCACAGCAGCAUCCCCACCCCCAGCACCCCCAUGGCCCACCCCAACCAGGACCCCACCCUCAACAUCCACAUCCCCAACAUCCCCAGCACCCCCACCACGCCCAGCAUCCACGUCACCCACCCCCGCACCAUCGUGGAGGGCCAGCCCGAGGACCCCCCCAUGCUGGUCACCGGCCCUCCCCAGACCAGGAUGACGAGGAGGGCAUUUGGGCAUAAUCCUUGCUGCGACAACCAAAGCUCUAAUGUUGUUUUGAGGGAUGAUUCAGUCACUAUUGGAGGAGCACAGCCAUGCCAUGAUGUUGAAACACUAUGACUACCCAACCAAACAUUUAUUACCUCCACUCAAUCAACACUCAACGUCGGGGCCUUUAUUUUUACUGGGGAAGAGGAAGGGGGGCUCAGGUGGGCAGGUCAUGCGGGGAGACUGACAGCUGAGCAGGUGAACAGGGGCAGAGGUCCUCCACAUCCUCCCUGCAGAAUCACACAGGACUGGAGUGGACGUAAAGAGGCAGGCGCUGAUGCUGACGGAGAGACAGGUGUGCUCACUGUCUUCUCCAGCACAUUUUCAGACAGGGCAGACAUUUGAUCAAAACCACCAAGCCUUGCAUCGCUCUGCCUCAGAGGUCUCGCUGGUCAGCUCACCUGCCUGUCACCUGCUGAAACCCCCCCCCGUCUCCACCUCUUCAGGCCAACAACGCCCCCUGAUCCUCCUGGUAGAGAUCUAAUAACUGUCUCCACCCUGUUAGCCUUGUUUAUUUGUUCGUCCAUCUACUUUUGAUUGGCUCAAGAUCAUGGUUGUCCUGCUGUCUGUUGCACCUGCCUGACUGACUCCUCUGGCUCUGGUUGGCUCCCCUGCCUGACUCCGUCCUCACUGCCCUGCUGACCCAUCUGGUUACAUCUGACCCCUCUGCCUGGCUAUCACACUGUCAUACUGGUUAUCACUGUGUCGAUGCUGCACCGCGGCUUUACACAGUCUCUUCUGUUACUUUAGUCACCUGUUUAUGUUGCUGUUAUUGUUGUAGAGCCAUUUUUACCCUUUGUGGCACACACAAACCAUUUGUGUAUGUAUGUUUGUAGCCACCCAACCCAUCGCCCCCAUCUCCUUUGACACCUAGGUGUAGCAUGAUCCACACACAUCAGAUAAGUUCAGCUGAGUGCUCAAAGUGUUACGCUGUCAUUUUUUGUUGGUAAAAGGAAGAGCUGUCAGCUGACUAAUAGUGCGCCUUUAGCCUCGCCUGCAGCACUGGGAGUUUCCUUGGCUGUGAGCAAGGCCCUCUGGUUGUUGGGCUUUUGUUAGCCUUAGGGCUGUGGCUGCCAUCCAUAUCUCUCUUCAUGUUACCUCAUUUGAUAAUCAGAAGUAGUCAGAAAAUCAAUCUAUGCAGAUGUCGAGUUCGAGUGAAUGCAGUUUAUUUCCCAUCCCGAUUCAAAGGUGUCAAAGCAUAAUUAACCAUUCAAUCAGAAUGGCCAAGAGAGUGGUCAGAAAACCUUCAUCCAACAGAUUAUUUUGAGUUGCUAAGACUAUGCACCUAUGCACCUCCUCCCUGUUGCAGGAAUUUUUCAAAUGGUGCUUCUGCUGGUGCUCAAACAAAAUGGUGUCAGAAGACCUGGCCAAGAGCAUCUUUCAGAAUAGGGACUUGGUCCCAAAAUGGGCUUAAUAAACAACUGAAAAAAGACUGCUUUGUACAUAUGAUUUGACAAAGGGGCUUGAUCACUUUCAGACCCACUGAGAGAUUUUCCUCUACAAAUAAUGCUACUAUAAAUACCAUUAUAGACUACAAAGUGGAAGCAGUGUUAGAUGUUUUAUCUACAGGUCUAUUAAUACACAUGGACACCCAAGUCUCUGACAUUUCUCUGUGUAGGCUCCAUAUACUGCUCCUGCUCCCCUCUUCCCCACUUCUCCUCUUUCAGCAGUAGUCUGUGUGAACCUCCUAAACAUAGUGACUUGUUUUCUCCUUCUCAACAAGGUGGCCUGUGCCUCAUUAAAACUGUACACAUAUGAUAUUAUAGAUAUGCAUAUAUUAUACUUAUAGAGAGAGAUCUAUAGAGUGUGUCUAUAUGUGGUCAGAAAAUCGUUUCAAACUGAUGAGAUAGUAUGUUUUCUUUUUCUUUGUUGUUAUUUUUCUAACUGGCUGGAGGUCGGAGAGAUCUCUUGUUUAGAGUGUUGAGUGAAGUGACUUUCCUCUGAUUUGUACAUUGUGAGAAAACCCCUCAGCAGCAAGCAACAUUCCCUGCCUGAAGAUACAGGAAAAAAAAGAAAUCCUGCCGGUCUGGCUGAAGAGCAGUAUAUGGGAAGUAGAGAAGUGUACUCCAAUCUAAAAUAGGAAAAGAUCACAUUAUUACAUUCCUCUCUUGAUGUGAAAACAUUUGUUGAGACUCAGCUGAGACCACAUGACCUGUGGUAACCACUAAGAGAAAACCCUGAGGUAAAAAGAAAAAAAAAACACAUAUAUAUCUAUAUCUAUAUCUAUAUAAUUUUGCAGCUCACUUAAGUAGCAAUGAGAUUAUUUCUGCUGCACAGAGCAGACAGAAACUUGCACUUGUGAGUGAGGACUAUCACUAUUAACAUUGUUAAAGUGGAGGUUUGAGUGACUCUGUCGGGAUGCAUCGUCCACUCUUCCUUUCGUGUGUUUAUCGUUGUUGUUGUCGUCUUGUUGUAAGCAGAAGUGGUGACAUAUGUGACUGUGACAGUUGAAUAAAUAGAAACCAACACACAUUGUUACAGUAUAGUGGAAAAUGAAUUAGACUGUUAUUGCCCUCCUCUUCCCCUCCAUCCCUCAUGGUGACUGUGUGUGUCUCCCUUUUUAUGGCCAACAUUGAUUGUUGCAAACGCGUCCCAUCUUUCAUGGGAUCCCAACCUGAGGUGAUCCCUACCUCAUUGUGCGUGUGUCUGCUUCCCACUGAAUGCAAGAACCUUACAGCUCCUGUCACCGACCAAGAACCGAUUUACGUGUGAGACAUUGUGCGGUGUAUGUGUUUACAAAUGUAAGAGAAAGGUCAUGGAGGGUUAUCUGAACAAGGGAAGACAAUGCAGACAGACAGAAGAGCAAAAAUCCUCUCACUUUACCAUCAGGGGGGCGGAGUAUGAAUCCUCCAUUUUCAGGUCUUUAUCUACUGAAUACUUGAAGUAGGGGGUUCUCCUACCAUGAAAUAGCGUAUAUAAUUUACAUGGUAGAAAACAUGGAACAUUUCAAUUGUGCCCAUGCAUGCUGAUUUUUACAUUAUGUGCCAACUGAAAGUGAUGAUGUAAGGAUAAUCUCCUGUUCUCUAUGCAGAGCGAGUUAUUAACUGUUUUGUCGAAAGGUUUAGGAGACACAGGCUUAGAAGCUGGGGCUGGUUUCCUGGGCUUAGACUAUGAUCCAAGAUGUGAAUGAAUAACAUCCCACUGAAUGUGAGAUGAAGUCAAGGGCAUCCGUGUCUAAGAAGCAGCCUUUUUUUGAAAGACAUACACUUAAGGUGGAAGGCCUACAGAUUCACCAGUAAUUUUCAAAAGGCCUUCAGAAAACAAAAAAACAAAAAAACAGGAGUAUAAUAAGCCUAACAUACAUAUUCACUUUUUUGUUGUAUACAGGUUGUUUUUCAUUUAUUGUUUGACGCUGAAAAUGCAAACCUUUGGAUUAAACAAAUCACUGUGACCAAUGCCAGAAACAUUUUUUUUGUUUGACAGAACAAUGUUAUGUUUUUACUUUUUUAUUCAUUUUUGUAUUUAAGUUAGCUUUAUUUUUUCUAUUGUUUCCGCUUAUUGAAUAUGCCAGUUUGAGACUGUACUAUUUGUAUAAGUAAAUGUUUUGAGCUGUACAGUAAAGAUCUAGGAACAAAGUUAAAUGUGAGUGUCCAGCAUGCUGAAUGAUUACCUGUGUGAACGUGGGCUAACUUCCCAUGAAGCAUCCGUCCUCAUACAUUAAUUGCAUCUGCAUCGUGCAUUGUGACGGUGUGAUGUUGUGUUUGAGAGUGGUGUGUGUCUCACAUAUUGUGUCCCCUUAGUAGACAGCCUGUGCAGUUUUGUGAGAGUGCAGCAUGUUUUCGGGGUUGCUGGUGUAAAUGUAUUCAAAAAAGAGAGAGGCGUGUGUGCGUGUGUAUGUGUGUAUGUGUGUGUGUAUGUGUGUAUGUGUGUAUGUGUGUGUGUGUGUGGGUGGGUGGGUGGGUGUGCAUGUUUGCAUUUGUUUUAUGGGAGCGUGUCUGUUAAUGUGUGCGCGUGUUUUGUGAAUGCAUAUGAGAAAAAUCUAUUAAGAAAACUUUAUCAGAGGAAGUCCCUAGAGAAAAAAAAAAUGAAGAAUGAGUGGGGGUUUUGAAUGAAGCAUGGAUACUCUGUUAUGUUUGCUGUUUUUAAAACCUAGGAGGCUGUCUUCAGUGCCCCAGAAGUUUGCUAUUGUAUGUGCUGUAUCAGAAUAUUACUAUUGAGUGUUGGCCAGCUUGUUUAUAUCCAUCAAAUAAAGGUGACUUUCUUUCUGACUGUC